AUGAAAAUAGUAUUAUUGCUAUGCAUGAUGAUGGCUGUCUCUUUGGGAAUUUCAUCUAAAUUAAGUCAUGCUAAGAAGUUGGAAGAACUUCGCGGUAGCAAACUGGGCAAGACUAUUUUAAAUUUAGUGAAUCUUCAUUCUUCAGUAGAGGGACCCAUUUCUGAACUGAUAGAAGCAAUAGAGGAGUUAAUAGCUGACAUCAACACCAAUAUUGAUGAAGUGGAAUACAAAUUUUAAGUACGCACAAAUGAGCAUAAUUCCUAUGUGGCUCAGGUUGGACAACAAUUGCAAGAUGCUGAAUAAGACAUUGCAAGAAUGAUAGAUGUCAUUGAUAACCUAUUGAUUCCAAGAAGAGAUCAAAUAAGAAAUAAAAUAGAAUCCCUCAUUUAAUAUGAUGAGUUUAAUAGAAAAAACGUAGAUGAAACUACACUCCUCAGAGAAUAGGAACAUGAAGCAUACCUCUAAUAAAUAGAGGAAGACAACGAUGCACUUGAUGCUAUUGACGAUGCAAUCAAUUUGGUAAGUUCUUUAUCAAAUCCAUCCUUAUUACAAAUUAAGAAUAUCAAAUUUACAUUGAAAAGAUUGUCAUCCAAAUAAUGGAAUCGUGUUCAUCAAGGACCUACCCAUGGUACAAGCUUUACUUUAGAUUGCAUUAAACUAAAAUUUUAGUGACUAAGGAAUAUUGAAACAGAUCGUU